CUUAGAAACACGAUUUACAAUUCUGCACCAGCUUUUGCUCAAUACUAUCGCUCAAAUUUCACUAUGAUCCUAUCAAAAACCAACUGUCUCAUCUCACAAUCGAUUUCUCAAAAUCAGAAAACAUUUGACAUACCGUAGGAAAAGGUUCUAAUGCACUGAACACACAAAAGUUUUCUAUGAUAAAUGUCGAAAUAUUUUCGCGAAUCACUGUGCACAGGUAAGUGUACAACAAACAACGAGCAAAGGUAGUUGAAAAAUAUAAAGAAUUUGCAUUUGUGUGAAUUUCAGAAAAUAGGAAGUGAUGUCGAGACACUUGGCGCGACAGUAAUUAUAAUUUCACCCCCAGAUAUAUUUCUUUUACCUUCGGUUGAAUUUCUUUUUUCACCCUCGCUACACAAGAAACCGAUGCAACUAUCGAUCCUUGCAAAUUACCCCUGCUGUCAAUCAUUUUUGUCACUUCUCUCGAUAUUUUCCCCUCUUCUCUCUUGAUAUUUUACCAUCUCCUUCUCCGUAUCUUGUCAUAAGUUCAGAAAGGGGGGAUUGUAUACCUGGCAACCGAUGAAUCGAAACACACUCGUGCUUCAGACUUCGUAGGAGAAUGACGUACGUCAGGAGAUCCGACUACUCGUUCAUGAAGAAGCUUCUGCUGGUUUUAGGACUCUGGCCAACUCCAAAUUCGAAGUUUCGUCUAUUUCGAAUCACUUUCUUUUAUACGGUUUACAUCGGUUAUCUACUCCUCGAGACAACAUGGUUUUAUACGUUUGAGUGCGACAUCCAUUGCGCGGCGAAUGUUCUGUCCAUUUUCGUACAGAAUCUGAUGAUAGUUUCCAAAUACUUCUUUCAUCAUAGACAUAUGGCUGCCGUACAUACUUUGUACACAGCGAUCGAAUUCGACUGGAAAUGCUUGAAACACGAUAAACCGAGCAUCGAAAUUCUUCAGAAAUAUGCAGAGUUGGUGCAUACUAUAUUGAUAUCGCUGAUGAUUGUCAUAUGUUCCACUAGCAUUGUCGCGAUUUUCAUGUAUCAGACACUGCCUGUUCUUCAAAUACCGGAAGAAAAUUAUACUAGAUUCUGGCAACGACCGUUUGCUUUGAAAGCAUUAGGAAAAGCUAUAAGUUCUCCUACUCUCUAUCUGAUCUCCUUGAAUGUAUUGCUGAAUGUUAUAAUCUUGACAGCUUUGGAAAUAAGUUUUAUGGUUUUGUCAGAACACAUAUGUGGAUUGUUCAAAAUUACAAGGUAAAAAUAAAAUUAAUCGGUAGAUGUAGUAAAUCUGUUUUAUACUAUUACCUCACUAUACUAUAAUGUUCACGUUACGAGUAAUUGUUUACAUUUUAUAUAUUACAUUAUAUAUAUGUACAUUUUAUUUCAUAUCUAUAUUUUAUUAUGUGAAGGAUUUUCAGUGGGAUUAUGUAUGUAUGUUGGACAUAAAAUAAUUAAGUCGAUUGAAUGUUUUUCUGCAUUUUCUAUGAAUAAUAUCAAAAAUUAAAACACUAUAUGUACACUGUACAUACCGAGUACUAUUUACGAUACGGUUUAAUUUGUAAACUGGAUAUAUUUUAUAUUAACGAUAAUGAUCAUUAAUAGAAUAAGACAAUUGGAAUUAUAAAGGCUGCUAUUAACCUUCUAACCAUGCACGAAGGAAUCAUUAACAGCUUGGUGGGAAUUUUAAAUCCAAUUGUAUAAUUUUAAUUCUUCCCAACGGAACUGAAUAUUUUAAAGAAUUUCACAUAAUUUUUUUUUUUUUAAUUAAUUUAGGAUAUUUUUUCAUUCUUUAGAAUUUAUUUAAAAUUUGAAGUAAUAUUUCCAACAAGUGGUAAUCCUGGGAAAAAAUAAUUUUCGCCGUAGGCAUGUAAUUAUAAAAUUAAUUAAUUGUAAAAUUAUAAAAAAACUGUUAACAAUUUUUGUGUCACUUUGAUGUUUUUAAUGUAGCACUAUGUUAUAAGUAUACAGUUAUAGCAUUACUAAGGAACUUGAUAAAGGAAAAUCACUGAGUGUUAUCAAUGUUUAUGAAUACUCCACUUCUUUAGCUAUCACUUGAGGUACGCUGCUAACGAAUAUAUUAAGGAAAUUUCUGGAUACGAGAAAAAUAGUGACAUUUACACGAAGAUAAUAUUGGCCGUGCGUGUUCACAUAAAAGCGAUAAAGUUAGUAGAUACCUACGAUAAUUUCUUAUUAUAUCUACCACGAAUUGGAUCUAGCCUAUUUUAAAUCUUUUAAGAUAUAUGCGGGUCGUAUGGGACAUAUUUGAGAUACAUUACGUCAUUAUAGUGUGUUUUGGUAUCAUUGGAGCAACCAUGGUGUUUGUGAGCGUGAGUAACAUUGAAUGUUUAUGUCAACGACAUGAAUAUUAAUUUUUUCAUUGCGUGUUAAUAAUUAUUUGGUUUAUAUACAAAUAUAUAAGUUGAGUCUUUCUCUCUCUUUCUCUCUCGUUCUCUCUCUCUCUCUCUCUCUCUCUCUCCCUCUCAAUAUAUCAAUCGAAUUUAUGCAAAUGAAUUUCAUUUUGCAACUGAGAAUGCCAUUGCUACAUACACAACGUACGAUGUCAAAAAACAAAUUUUUGAAAAUUGAUUUUCAGAACUUGAAUAUUUCACAAAGUAAGUAGUAUAUUUAAGAGGAUAAUAAUUAUCGUAUGCCUAUAAUCUUUACAUUAUUUCUAAUAUUAUCCUCCUUUAAAAGAGAAAAAUGCUUUCUUAUUUUUCAUUAAUCAUAAAUAAGAUGGAAGAUACUGUAAGUAAUUUGGAAGUUCAAAUAAUGAAAUUUACAAAAUUAUUGAAUUAGUUCUAUCAAUCGGUGCAAACGAACGACGAGGGACGAAUAUUAGUGAUAAUGCUCAUCCUUUUGUUAUCUUUUAUUUGUUACGGUACAUUAACAAUGUACUUUGGCCAAAGACUAAUCGAUCACAGUUUAGGUGUCUUUUACGACGCGUAAGUAUUCCAAUUAUCGGAUCAGAAUAUUAUUAACCUUAUUUCAAUAAUAGUAAUAACGAUAAUUAUAUUGUGCAUAUUUAGACAAAUUCAUACUUUUUUGGAGAUGACUAAGGCAAAAGAAAUUAGAAAAAGAAAAAAUUGUCUAGCGUUUCUUAUUUACUUAUUUACUUAUUUAAGAAAGUAUUUCUCUUUUAUGAAAAAAAAGGAUAUAUAUAG